AUGAGCAGUCUCGCUGAUUUUCCAUCAAGAAAUACGGUCGCGUCUGGUGCUACGGGUGCGCCUGGUAGGAUACGGAAGCUUCCUGUUCUCUCGUCAUCUGUCCCGUCCGGCACAUUGACGACUAAACCGAUGGAGGUCACUCCGCCUCCUUCGGCUGCCGCUAAGAGCGCCCAUCACAGUACCCCGGAUAGUGAUCGAGCGGGCGCAAAUACCACGACGACAUCCAAUGGCUCGCCAGACUCAGGGAACCCGAACAAUCAUGCGACGCACGGCCAGGCUAUUGGUGCCGCCGCUGCAGCCCAACAACCCAAGGUCGUGCAAACAGCCUUCAUCCAUAAGCUUUACAACACCAACGACAGCUUUGUCAUGUCUCCUACAUCGGAAUUUUCCAAAGUCCUCGCUCAAUAUUUUAAACACACCAACAUUUCAUCCUUUGUGAGACAACUGAAUAUGUAUGGUUUCCAUAAAGGUAGACCGUUUCCUGGCCGCAUAAUCGCUCUUAAUAACGUCGGUGACAGCCACAAAACCGCCGCCUCACAACCCGGCACACCAGCGGAGCCUGCCCCCGAUGCUACUGAAGCACGGUUGAUGCAAUUAGAGCAUAUGCUUUUCGAUAUGCAUAAUCGCCUCAGCCGGGCCGAGGAGGGAAAUGCAACAUUGAAUUCAAGGUGUCAAGCUAUGGCGGAGAGUAUCAUCAAGUGUCACCAAUGGAGUCAUACGCUAUCCCGGCUGCUGCAAAGAAUGGUGCCUGACCGUGAAAGUUUCUUAUACCGUGAUUUGACCAAUAUGCAAACGGAAUUGGAGAAGCACCUGGACAGUGCUCGAUCUUUUGAACAUCCAGACAUGAGGCUGUUGCACAUACCAAGCGUCGCAGUCGAUUCAGGCCCUCCGUUGUCUCCACGACAAAUGCCGCAAGAUGAUAGUCGACGGCCAUCUAUAAUGGAUACAUCGAGAUCAAAUAUGAUUCGUCCGCCUGUACCCCCUCAUUUGUCCGCCUCGCCCCGUCGUUAUGGCUCAAUUGGAGCAGCAAACUCUUCUCCCAACUACAGCCGCCCUCAGGUCCCGUCUAUAGUUACUCCGCAGCCACCAGUGCCUCAUCCUCUAUCAUCCGCAUCCUCGCCGCCCGGCCCAAAUCUUGCGCGGCGACAUACCUCGGCAGAUAUACGCCAACAUGGAUGGCCGCCACCAGGUAUUUCACCAUUUCCUCUGAACCAGCCGUCCUCACAGGGCCCAUCUCCUUGGUCGCCAUCACCGCUUCGCACACCGACAUCGAGUGACCAACAAGUACGAGAUGUAUUAGCACAGUACGAAAUGGGCGCACCGCGCCGCCUCCAACAAGACAUCUCGCGAAAUGCCACCCCGCCGCUGAAUUCUGACCAGCAGGGUCCUAUAGAUAACGGCUGGGGAUUUGGCGGUCCCAAAUUCCCUCGGCAUGAGUCCUCUUUGCCUGCUACCCGCCGGUCGAGCAUGGCAAGUAACGUACAUUCGCUCCUCAACCCUGCCGAUACUGCCGAAAGACCUGAUGAGGAUCAGCAUGCUGCGGAAGAUCGAAAACGGAAGCGACUCGAGUGA